AUGAUCGGGGACGGCAUCACGGAUCUGGAAGCCGUGCAGGUGACUGGCGGCGCCGACCUGUUCAUCGGCUUUGGCGGCGUGAUCCAGCGGCCGGCGGUCGCGGCCGGCGCGGACUGGUACGUCACCGACUACAAGAUGCUCAUCGACAACCUCAGGCGGUACAAGGUGGCGAUGGUGGGGAGCGGCGCGUGGGCGUGCGCCGCGCUGCACAUGGUGGCGCAGAACACCCUGGGCGACGACCCCGCGGACGAGUUCACUGAUGAGGUCCGCAUGUGGGUCUACGAGGAAGAGUAUGAG